AUGGCGGCCUUCAGCAAGUACUUGACGGCGCGAAACUCCACGCUGGCCGGGGCCGCGCUCCUGUUGCUUUGCCUGCUUCACAAGAGGCGCCGCGCCCUCGGCCUGCACGGUAAGAAAAAUGGAAAACCACCAUUACAGAACAAUGAGAAAGAGGGGAAAAAAGAGCGAGCUGUGGUGGACAAGGUGUUUCUUUUAAGACUCACACGGAUUCUGAAAAUCAUGGUUCCUAGAACAUUUUGUAAAGAGACAGGUUACUUGAUACUUAUUGCUGUUAUGCUGGUGUCUCGAACAUACUGUGAUGUUUGGAUGAUUCAAAAUGGGACACUCAUUGAAAGUGGUAUCAUUGGUCGUAGCAGGAAAGAUUUCAAGAGAUACUUAUUCAACUUCAUUGCUGCCAUGCCUCUCAUCUCUCUGGUUAAUAACUUCUUGAAGUUUGGGUUAAAUGAGCUCAAACUGUGCUUCCGCGUAAGACUAACUAAAUACCUCUAUGAGGAGUAUCUCCAAGCUUUCACAUACUAUAAAAUGGGAAAUCUGGACAACAGAAUAGCCAAUCCAGACCAGCUGCUUACACAAGAUGUAGAAAAGUUUUGUAACAGUGUAGUUGAUCUGUAUUCAAAUCUUAGUAAGCCAUUUUUAGACAUAGUUUUGUAUAUCUUCAAGUUAACAAGUGCAAUAGGAGCUCAGGGCCCAGCAAGUAUGAUGGCCUACUUGAUUGUUUCCGGGCUAUUUCUAACUCGACUUAGAAGACCCGUUGGUAAGAUGACAAUAACUGAGCAAAAGUAUGAGGGAGAGUAUAGAUACGUUAAUUCCCGGCUCAUCACCAACAGUGAAGAAAUUGCCUUUUACAAUGGAAAUAAGAGAGAAAAGCAGACAAUCCACUCAGUCUUCCGAAAACUGGUGGAGCACCUACAUAAUUUCAUUUUGUUUCGGUUUUCUAUGGGCUUCAUUGAUAGCAUAAUUGCCAAAUAUCUUGCCACUGUUGUCGGUUACCUGGUUGUCAGUCGUCCUUUCCUAGAUUUGUCUCAUCCUCGACAUGUCAAGAGUACACAUUCAGAACUUCUAGAGGAUUACUACCAAAGUGGAAGAAUGCUUUUGCGAAUGUCUCAAGCUCUGGGUCGGAUAGUUUUGGCUGGCCGUGAGAUGACGAGAUUGGCCGGUUUUACUGCUCGGAUUACAGAAUUAAUGCAAGUACUAAAGGAUUUAAAUCAAGGCAAAUAUGAACGCACCAUGGUCUCACAACAGGAAAGGGGUAUUGAAGAAGGAACACAAGUCAUUCCCUUGAUACCUGGUGCUGGAGAGAUCUUCAAUGCUGAUAACAUUAUAAAAUUUGAUCAUGUUCCUUUAGCAACGCCAAAUGGAGAUAUCUUGAUUCGAGACCUUAAUUUUGAAGUUCGAUCCGGGGCCAAUGUUUUAAUUUGUGGUCCAAAUGGCUGUGGGAAGAGCUCACUUUUCCGUGUUCUUGGCGAAUUAUGGCCUCUUUUUGGAGGACGUCUAACUAAACCUGAGAGAGGAAAGUUAUUCUAUGUUCCUCAGAGACCUUAUAUGACCCUUGGAACACUUCGAGACCAAGUGAUAUAUCCCGAUGGAAGAGAAGAUCAGAAAAGGAAGGGGAUAUCUGACCUAGUACUAAAGGAAUACUUAGAUAAUGUCCAGUUGGGUCAUAUCCUUGAACGUGAAGGAGGCUGGGACAGUGUUCAGGAUUGGAUGGAUGUCCUCAGUGGUGGAGAGAAACAAAGAAUGGCGAUGGCAAGGUUAUUUUAUCAUAAACCCCAGUUUGCCAUUUUGGACGAAUGCACAAGUGCUGUGAGUGUGGAUGUGGAAGGCUACAUUUACAGUCAUUGUCGAAAGGUCGGCAUCACCCUCUUUACUGUGUCACAUAGAAAGUCUCUUUGGAAACACCAUGAGUACUACCUGCAUAUGGAUGGGAGAGGCAAUUAUGAAUUCAAACAGAUAACAGAAGAUACAGUUGAGUUUGGCUCUUAGAACCCAGAGAGCUGUACUGCUU